CCGCCCUCAAACAAGCCAAGCUAGCUUCACUCAGAAGGACAAGAGCCCACUCACUCUAGCUUUUGAAUAGAAGGGAAAAGAAUUCCUACCUACCAAGAGUGAGACUAGACUAUCUAAGGAAAACACUUUAAGCAAAUACCUACAGCAGAGGGAAACCAACUGAUUAGAGAGCUGCUCCCCUCCUGGGGUGGCUUGGUUAAGGAGACUCAUUUUUUUCAUCAGUUCCUCUGCACCCAUAGACGUUACCCAGUUACAUCUCCUGUGGUGAAGGGAAGAGGACGAGGAAAGAAAGACCAUGUCAACGACUCUUUGCCAAAUGAUGGGGUUCAUGCUGUCCACCCUGGGAUUUGCAGGGUGCAUUGCUGCCACAGGGUUAGACAUGUGGAGCACCCAGGACUUAUAUGACAACCCAGUCACAUCUGUGUUCCAGUAUGAAGGGCUUUGGAGGAGCUGUGUGAAGCAGAGCUCUGGGUUAACUGAGUGCCGACCAUAUUACACUAUUCUUGGUCUUCCAGCUAUGUUGCAAGCUGUGAGAGCCCUAAUGAUUGUAGGCAUUGUCCUGGGUGCCAUUGGUCUUCUAGUAUCCAUCUUUGCACUGAAAUGUAUUCGGAUUGGCAACAUGGAUGACUCUGCCAAGGCCAAAAUGACUCUGACCUCUGGAAUCAUGUUCAUUGUGUCAGGUGUUUGUGCUAUUGCUGGAGUGUCUGUUUUUGCAAAUAUGCUGGUCACUAACUUCUGGAUGUCCGCAGCUAACAUGUACUCAGGAAUGGGUGGGAUGGUACAGACAGUUCAGACCAGGUACACCUUUGGUUCUGCUCUCUUUGUUGGUUGGGUUGCUGGAGGCCUUGAUGUGAUUGGAGGCAUUAUCAUGUGCAUUGCUUGCCGUGGAUUGGCCCCAGAGGAAACCCAUUACAAGACUGUGUCCUAUAAUGCCUCAGGUCACAAUGUUGCUUACAGAACAGGAGGCUACAAAACUAGCACUAUCUAUGAUUCCAAAAUGAAAAACAAAAAUGAGGAUGAGGCACAAUCACAUCCUUCCAAAUAUGACUAUGUCUAAGGAUCCAUUAUACAGUGUGUGGAAGAAGAAAAAUCACAUCGCAUGGAUACUAAGGAAAUUAUACACAGGCUUCCUUAUUUCUUUUGGCUGAAUUUAGUUGGUUGAAUAUUAGGAAGUUAUUAAUUUCAUCUACUGGUUGACAUGCAAUAUAACCUAGAAUAGGAUAUUACAUGGUUCUCUAUUCCAUUACAGUAUGCUUUGUAUAAAUGUUAUUAAGAAUAUUGGCAACAGUUAUUGUUUUUGUAUUGUUUCUUUUUUAAUAGGAGGGUUUUUUUUCUAUUAUUCAGUUAGGAGAUGAGAUUUAGAUCCUUUCCAAAACAUUUGGUGUAUCAGUAUGCUUCUCCCACUAAGUCAGUGACUAAUACCUCACUUUUAAGCAAAAGGAAUAGUUUUUACCAAUCAAAAAACUGUAUUUCCUGCUACUUUCUCUCCAUUCAAAAGCCUUUAGUGUUUGGCUAUGACUAAACAAAAAUAAAGAGUUUAGUGAGAAGGGCAAGGAAUUUUAACUCGUUUCUACUCUUUCUUCAACUAAAUCUUCUUGCACUGAAGUUUUCAGUCAUUUUUUUGCUUCAUAAGGAUAUAUUUUGCUAAAUCAAAAUGAUUUCACAAUUUGGGAAACUUUGAUUACCUAUUCUGCUAGCUUUUCUAUUCUAGCACUUCAACUCAGCUAGGAAAAUCUCUAGGAAUUUCACAGAGGAGCUCUGCUAGCUCCAUUUUCUAGGAGAACAUGAAAAUAUGGAGUUUGGGAUUGUGCUCUCAGGGGAUAAAGGUGAGGAAUCCCAUGAGUUGAUUUUUUUUCCCAUGUAAGCCCUAGGCAGUUAGCCUAAGUAUGGAAUUAUAAAAAUAAUGUAUCUUUUUAAGACAGACUAGCCACCAUACAAUUAAAAGGAGGACAUAUAAUAAAAUAUUUGGGUUCAUUAUGUUAGUUUUGUGUUUUAUGAAAUCUCAUUUGUUUUUUAAUCCAGUAAACUCACAGAUUCUCAUAGCGUCUCACCCUUCAAUCUCGCCUACUUAUAUUGUGCUUACUUCACAGAGAUUAUUUAAUAUGACACUAUGUCAAUUUAAAAUAAGAAAGGCAUCAUAGUACCAGGUACAAAAGGAAACUUCCUGAGUGUUUUGGUCAUUGGCUAUAAUGUUUCCUGUCUAUAUUUGAAAAACAGCUGUUCUCCAAAUUGUUUGCCUGAACUUAACCUUUAUGUUACUAUAGACACAACCAGAUUGUAUCAAAUCAAAUCCAAAGCACUUUCAGGCAUCAUGCUCAGCUUUGUUAUUUAGAGUUUGUUUUUGUGUCAUUGACUAUUCAUUAAAAUCCAACAAAUGUGUUUUGUGUAGCUAGACCCUGAAGUUCAUCAUAUUGAUUCAUAUUCUCUUUCCACCCUAUUGCACUGACAGCAAGGAAAUUGUGCUCAACCUUCCAGAUUUCUUUUUACUGGAACUAGAUGUUUGCAAACAUUGUUGGAUGGCAAUUUGCCUGAAAAUGUCCUAGGGGUUCUGGCUCACUAUCAAUUAGCAAUGUAAUAUUGCAAUCAAAAAAUUCAAUGUAAUCUUGGGCUAUAUACAGUGAGAGUCAUAGCUCCCCAGAAUAAGGAAGUGAUAAUUCCUAUCCUAGUUAGCCUAGUUAGGCUCCGUUUGUAGAAUCUGGACUAAAUUUUGGAUUCUACUAUUUAAGAACAUUGGUAAGCUUGAGAAUAUCUAAAAGAUGGCAACCACUUUGCUGAAGGACAUGGAGACCAUGUUAUAUAAGAAGCAGAUGAAACAACUGGACUCAGGAACAAGUAUAUGAAAGACUAUAUUUAAUAGCAGGAUUUAAAUUUUUCUGCAUGGUUUCAGAUAGCAGAAUCAGUAGAAAUGAGGGAUAGUUAUAAAAGGGCAAAUGUAAAUUGGAUAACAGGAAGAAGUUUCUAAUUAGAGCUCUUCAAAAGUGGAAUGGUCAAACCUUAGAAAUGGUGGAUUCCCUCCUCACUGGAGACAUCCAAGAGUAGUGAAUGGGUGACCGUUUGUGCUAUAAUGGGGAUUCCUUUCUAGGAAUAGGCGAGUCUAAAUGGUGAGUGUGAUUCCUCCAAACUCCAAUUCUCUGGUUCUGGAAUUGAUUGUAAGGGAGUAAGAUAGGCACUCCGAAAAACUAUAGCCUUCCUUUCCAUCUCUGAGAACAUUUUUCCAGGGCAGGGAAGCAACCAUGAAUUCACUAGGACUACAUGAGAACUGAAAAUGAAUGCAAUUUCCUGGAGUACCUUAUCAAGGUGUGACUUAGUCACUCAGGAAACUGGAUGAUAACAUUGUAAUUAAGUCAAAGGAAUACUCACAGCAUUAAUUCAUUUGUGAUCAAUUUCCAUGAGCACAGACUAUAUUCAAAAAUCAUUUCUAUAACACCUAUUAUGUGUAGAUACCAGUCCUAGGUGCUAGAUAUACAAAAGCAAAAUUUAAUAGUCUCUGUUCUCCAGAAGCUCAUUUUCUAGUUAGGGUAUAUAUUACAACUCUUUUUUAUCUAAUCUAAUUGAACAUUUAUCAAGUGCCUCCUUACAAGCAAGACAUGUGCUAUGCACUGAGGAUAUUCAAAAGCAAAAUAAAAAAUAGUUCUUGCUCCGAAGAAGGUUACGUUCUACUUGGGAUAUAUAUAUAGUAGGGUUCUUUCCAAUUCAGUUCAAAGGUAUUUAUUGUACAUACAAUGUAUGAGGCACUAUACUACAUAUUGGAAGUACUUUAUUUGGAAAACAAAAGCAAAAUAAAAUAUUUUCCACAGCAAAGUCAUGAGGGUUAUGAAUUGGAUUUAUGUUCCAAAGACCAGAUUAUUAAAACAACAGGGUCUUCCUAGAAGUUUAAAAGGAGUGAUUUGGGUUUUUUUUACUGACUACUUUACACGACAAGUAGUGUUACCUGAAAGAUGUCCUGGGAUGAAAAUAUAAGUCAAUUUAAGAAACAUUUGAAUGAAAUUCAAGGAUGAAAGGCGCAAAGUAGAUUUUUAAGGAUAUAUGUAGUGAUAUUUUAGACACAUGUCUCAACUUAUGAGGUAGAUAUCAUGCUUUUUAUUAAAACAUACCUUAGUGCUUUUGUCAGAUGCAUAAACAUGGCUUUUGGGUUGAGUUGAUUUGGUUUUGGUUUGGCUUUUUGGUGUGUUACUUUGCUCUCCAAAAUUUCAUUUUAAAUACUACAUUUAGUAUGAUUUUACUCUAUAAUUUCUCCUGUAAACUACUGGGGUUUUAUAUGCAUCAAAUAUACUCCAUAUGUUUUGUUACUGAAAUAUUAAAGGUACUAUUCCCUUAAAAUUUAAUUACUUUUGUUUUCUCAUGACUUGAAAAGUAGAUUCCUUUCACCUUACUAAUGAAUUUAUCCAACCUUGUUGUAUGUGUUGUAUAGUCUGUGCUUUCUGAAUCAUUAAAUUUCUUGUUUCUAAACUGGAGCAAUGGCAAACAUUUGCCCUUUUACUGGUAAAUGCAGUCCUCAAAAUGGUUAUGCCUAAAACGAUCUUCUUUAUG